AUGAAAAUGGACAUCCUGGAUGGCAUAGCUCAGGCAGUAUUUUCCUACAAAGCUUAUCCAAACAAUCAAGAGCUCGAGACUGUGUCUGUCGCACUGAUUGAAAAGCAUCCAUGUCUGAAGGACCCAGGCUCAGGAACAGGUCAUCACAGCUGGACCAUGAGCAUAAAAUACAAGGUUGGGAACUACCGUCAGAAACUACGAUUGGCGGGUUGCUCUGAGGUCGCUGUAAAUCAUAAAAAAAGAAUGAAUGAGGAUUGUAGACAUUUGAAAAAAGCAAGGAGAUGUGAGGUUAACUUCCUCCCAGACAACCCAGUAGGACAGACGGUUCAUUCUCUAGAGAUGGAAAAAGAUGCUCUGAAAGAAGAAAUGAAGAAGAAAAAUUUCAGCAGGGCAAGUAUUGACUCCAAAAUGGACCUGACUUUCUCUUUGAGAAGGAAGGAGAUUGUUGAAGAAGAACCUCCUGUAUCUGAUGUCCUAAAACAGUGGCCUGCAUUGUUUCUGGAAGAUCAGGUCUAUGCUGAGUUUUACAGGAUUACUCAAACCAACCUCAAGAGUACCUUCUUCUCUUCUUUGGAUGAAUACGCUUUACCAAUGAUCAAGUUGUAUCGAUCACGUGGUGGGCAAUAUGGAGAGGAAAUGAGGACCCUUCUGGACCAACUGGACAAUCAAACGUCUAAUGUGCUUGCUCAAAGGAAGGCUACAGCUCUGAAAGGUCUACCUUUGUUCAUGAGGGAAAAGUCAGAAAAGCUCCUGAAGACUUGUCUGGACACAGAGCCAGAAGAUACUUGCACAAAAGGGAUGGAGAUGGGCAUCCUUAGCAUCAUUGAAGAUGAUGUUGCCACUGUCCACUCCAACCCAAAUGUAAGGUGCCUAUCUGUGGUUAUGGAAGAGCAAAUCGUGCUGGACAAUGUGCAAGAUCUUCCGACAGCUGUCGUUCUCCUCUUUGGUUUGAUUUAUUCCCUCAAUAUGAACUACCCCAAAGAACUGAAAUACACUUUUGAAACUAUUCAGAAAGUGUUUAUUGGCCUUGACCCUCAGUGCUCAGCCAGAGUCCAGUCUUUCAAAAACAAAAUGUUAAAGCUGAAGUAACUAUUCAUAUCAAUAAUGCAAAAAAAGCACUGCUUUGUUCUUGUUUGAUCAGCUGCUGAUCUAGGGUAUCUUAAAAAGUUAACAUUAUUUAAAUGUAAAGUUAAAAACUUAGGGGGUUUUUGGAUGUUGUAAUUGUUGAAUGUUCAAAGAUUUGUUUGUACACUGAAAUUGUGUUAAUUUUAGUGUUGUCACUAUGCUUAAAUUUCUUUCCUUUUUUUUUUUUAAUUUUACAUUUUCAAAUUUUAAAAAACAUCCAUUUCCUGUUAAUUGAUCAUUUGGCUGUUGUGUUCAUGUGCUCAACAAAAAUGACUGUGAUUGGCUGACAAGUUCAUCAGUUUACUGCUCUUCACUUAUGUUCCAGAGUGCGCACACACAUACACUGGAGCAUUUCAAAGCCAUGUUGAUCAGUUGAUUCAUCAGCGUAACACUCUGAUCAUAGUGAAAUGCUUCAGUGUCUGUGUAUCUGUGUUUGCACUCUGUAAACAGCGGUGAGUUCAGUGAACUGAUGACCUUCACGUCCAAUCACAGUUAUUUCUGUUGAGCACGUGAACACACCAAUUGGUACUGAAAUAUAGUGACAAUACUAGUUACUCUUGCACUUUAAACAAACAUGUUGACAGAGCUAGCACUUUAAAUAUUUUUUGUUUUACUCAAGCACUUAAAAGGCAUUACAUGAUCUGAGGAUUAAACUUCUUUGCCUCUUUUUCUUUUCUGAACUGCAGUACAUUUAAUUUUGACAGAAAGCUGUUUGCGAAAUUGUUAAUAAAUAUUUUUAUUCCUUUGA